GGACGGAGGGAGCACAGGACAGACGGACGAACCACGCACCAUGAACACGUCGGUGACGUUGUCGGGGGGCCAGCGGAUGCCGCUGCUGGGGCUGGGCUGCUGGCAGGCGCCGCGCCAGGAGGUGGCCGCCGCCGUGGAAGCCGCACUGCUGGCCGGCUACCGGCACAUCGACACCGCCUACAACUACCAGAACGAGGACGGCGUCGGAGAGGGCAUUCAGGCCGCUCUCAAGACGGGCAAGAUGACCAGGAAUGAGCUCUUCGUCGUCACCAAGCUGCCAUUGAUCGCCAUGCAGGCUGACAAGGUGGAGAAGUACCUGAAGAAGUCGCUUAGGCUGCUGGGUCUCGAUUACGUUGAUUUGUUCUUGAUUCACUUUCCAGCCGGUUGUAUAGAGAGAAGUGAAACAGACAUCUUUCCGAUCAAGGACGGAAGGCUGUUGAUUGAUCCUUCCACAGACCUGAUCGCACUGUGGAAGGAGAUGGAGAGAAUGGUGACACUGGGCCUCACCAAGACCAUCGGCGUGUCCAACUUCAACGCCAAGCAAGUCCUGAAGAUCGCCUCCAACGCUCAGAUACCUCCUGCCGUUAACCAGGUGGAAUGUCACGUCUACCUACAGCAGCGAGCACUGCGCGAGGCGUGCAAGAAGCACAACGUUGCCAUCACGGCUUACGGUCCGCUGGGCUCCCCCGGCCGCAAGGCGCUGUACGAGAGCCGCGGCGUGACGGUCGAGCUGCCGGACCUGCUGAACAACCCGGUGGUGCGUCUGGUGGCCGAGAAGCACAAGCGGACGGCGGCGCAGGUUCUGCUGCGCUUCCUGGCCCAGCAGGAUAUCAUCGUCAUCCCCAAGUCGACCAAGGCGACGCGGAUCCGCGAGAACGGCGACAUUUUCAGCUUCCAGUUAGACGAGCUGGACAUGGCGGCGCUGAGCUCGCUGGACCAGGGCGAGCCCGGCCGCAGCUUCGCAUUCGACGGGUUCCCCGGCUUAUCUGAGCAUCCGGAGUUCCCCUUCUGAACGUCGGAGCACCCGGAGUUCCCUUUCUGAGCGUCGAAGCACCACGAGUUCCCCUGCUGAGCGUCGGAGCACCACGAGUUUCCCUUCUGAGUGUCGGAGCACCCGGAGUUCCCCUUCUAAGCGUCGGAGCACCCGGAGUUCUCCCUCUGAGCGUCGUAGCACCCGGAGUUCCCCUUCUGAGCGUCGGAGCACCCGGAGUUCCCCUUCUGAGCGUCGGAGCACCCGGAGUUCCCCUUCUAAGCGUCGGAGCACCCGGGGUUCCCCUUCGAAGCGUCGGAGCACCCGGAGUUCCCCUUCUGAGCGUCGGAGCACCCGGAGUUCCCCUUCUGAGCGUCGGAGCACCCGGAGUUCCCCUUCUGAGCGUCGGAGCACCCGGAGCUCCCCUUUUGUGCGUCGGGGCACCUGGAGUCUCCCUUCUCAGGCGCCUCGCACGCUGCGGCCUGCUUGGCACGAGCCAGCACGAGCGCCAGCAGUGACGUCACGGGGCCACCGCCAAGCGCAGCCAGUAUAUCGGUGCCGUGUGCUCGCAGGCAGACGCUUGGGGAUCAGGUCAGCGCAGGCUGUUUGAUCGGUUUCUUUGUGAUGGGCACAGGUUUCAGGUUGCAUAGCUCAUAUAUGACGCAGGGACUCGUUUGUUGUCUUUGGUAUGCAUUGAACCCACGGGACGAACAUACCGAUCGGCAAGCUGGUUAACAUCGUGCCAUAUGGGUGCAUCAUGAGUGCGACAUGAGUGCCAGUUGGUGCAGUAAAGACGACAUUUCCGA